CAUCAUCCCAGAUCCAUCAGGGCUUCGCAUCCCACUGCCUGGCCUCUUAUCGCCCAUGUGGGGAACAUCUGCAUUUUCCCCUCUCCGUCAAGAGUAUUCCUUCGCGUCUACGACAUCGUUGAGGCCAAAUUACCCCAAUCUCUCCCUUCCUAGUUACCUGGGAUUUAUAGUACUCUAGGACCAAAACCAUACCUAAACACCAUGGACUCCGUGGAUCGACUCCUCGCGUCCGCGCGCGCCGCACCCUACGGCCACCUCCUCCCCGCAACGGACGACAUGUUCCGCUCCGUCGCCUUAGAAGUGGAAGCACACAUGAGUAACUACGAUGCCUCGCAUGACUUCCACCACAUUCUGCGAGUCCUGGCUCUAUCACUACGCAUCCUGGAAUCCGAAUACGAGUCCACGAUUGACAAAGACCGCUUCAAUCCCACCGUGGUCAUUCUCAGCGCUCUCCUCCACGACGUCAACGACAAGAAAUACCUACCCCCAGCUGUGGACGGCCACCAAACCUCCAAGGUCACCCUCGUGUUAGAGCAAGCGGGGGCUUCGAGAACCCUCGUAGCCAGUGUGGAAGAGGUGGUCAACCACGUUUCGUAUUCCACGGAAAUUAAAGACCCGAGCAAGGUACAGGGAGUGUUGCAGAUUCAUCCUGAGCUGGCUGUAGUGCAGGAUGCGGAUCGGAUUGAUGCCAUUGGGGCGAUUGGGAUUGGGAGGACGUUUACGUUUACGGGAGCCAAGUUGCAGGGGGCGAGUAUGCAGAAUUCGAGAGAGCAUAUUGAUGAGAAGUUGGAGCGGUUGGAGGGGAUGAUGAAGACCAACACUGGUAAGAAGAUGGCUAGGGAACGGACGGAGAGGUUGACGGUGUUUAAGAAGUGGUGGGAUGAGGAGACAAUGUUGGUGGCGGUUUAGGGGGGGGUUGUUUGGUGACUUCUUGGAUGGUCUAUCGAUUCUAAUGGAACCGCCGAAAGUCUAUAUACAUACUCCAGUAAAGUGUAGGAUCUAUAUAUGUG